GAAAAAAACAAAAGUUAAAUUUUAAAAUUUUAAAUCAUGUCUGAUAAACGCAAAUUGCUGAAGAAAUACAUGAAAUGUCUGGACGAGAUGAAGAACGAGCUGAAGCGGCGACAGCUAAAGAAGACUCUCAAGACCCACAUGAAGACUCUGAAUGAAUUGGAAUGCGAGAUAAGCCGACGAGAGGGCAAACAAGCUGAGAUGGGAAAACGUGGACGGGUGUGUGAUUCGACGAAUCUGCCACAUCAAAAGAUUCUGGAGGAAUACACCAUACCAUUCUGUCGUUUAACUGAAGAUGCCAGAGAGCUGCUAGAGUCUGCUCUGGCCGCGCGCAAGGAUGCCUAUGUGCCAUAUAGCAAGUUUCCGGUGGGCGCCUCCUUUCGUUCCAAGUGCGGCUACGUCUAUUCCGGCUGUAACAUUGAGAAUGUGGCCUUUACGCCGGGCUGCUGUGCCGAACGCACGGCCCUGGCCAAAGGUGUGAGCGAGGGUCAAAUGACGUACACAGCGGGUGCAGUGGUGGCCUAUCAUCCCAAGGGUUUCACCAUGCCAUGCGGCGUGUGCCGUCAGUUUAUACGCGAGUUUGCCUGCAAAGAUUUCCCCAUCUACAUAGCCAAGGCGCCGGGACCGGAGAGGGCCGAUGCCAUUCCAGCCAUUGAGGACGAAGAUGAGGUGCUGGUCACCUCUGUGUAUCGCCUGUUGCCCUACAGCUUCAGUACAUUCGAAUAAAGCAAUAACUUUAAUCGUCAACAUAAA